AUGUCUCUCUUGUUGACCAAAAACUGCCAUUACGCCAUAUUAGUCGCUAUUGAAGAUGGAGAGCAAUUCAAACCGCAGAACGACAAAGAUGUCUAUGUCACAUCUCGACUCAACAUAAAACUCCCACCUCAAGUGGAUGAUUUGAUACCCCCAAACACGCGCCUUUCCACCAGACCCACAGCGCUACUGAAAGAGCCACAAUGGAGAACAACGCUCGUAUAUUACAUAUCGAAUCAAAUAUUGUCUCGACUCAGAAAUAGUCAAGCUACUCUGGAAAUCAUGAGCUUGUCAACAAACUGCGAACAGGAGAAGCUUGGCACAGUUACGUUGAAUAUGGAAGAUGCAAAGAGUGUUCUAAUGCGAAAAGGAAGUCGCAACAUAUCACAAAUCCAGCAGUUUGUUGUUGAUAAAGGUGAUUGGAUGCCAAUUCAAGGAGGAACAACAGCAGGAAGGAUCAAAGCAGGUCUAUUCAUUGUCGAGAUGCCCCAUAAUGCAGAUAGUAAUUUCGGCGGGAACAAAGAAAUUGGUACACCAUUGCAGAUGCCACUGCGCUUGAAUCACAGCAAUAAAAGCACCAACAUGGGAGAGCUUGGACUGGAGAUUUGCUCUGAUAUGAGCGACUUAUUCAUCAAUUCAGCCGAGUUGCAUGACGAUGAUGACUAUAAUGAUGAUGAAUUGGAACAGCAAGAAGAGUCAGUUCUUGAUUACCAAGAUUCUGGUGAGGAGCAGCAACUAGAGCAAGAGCUAGGCGACGAUGACGAUGAUUGCAUAGUUGUUGGAUCAGGAAUGGAUAGAUUUGGAUUUUUGUUUCGCAUCAUUCAAGCAAAGCAUAUAUCCUCUAUACUAGAUCAGUAUGCAGACAUUGAAGACGCCUAUUUCUACUACCAGUUUGCAGACAAAGAAUACCAAUGUUUAAUUGAGUCAGAUCAAGACAAUUGGAGAGCCACAGAAUACCAUGCCAACAUCCCUCUUCAAGGUGAUUUGCAAGAGAUUAAAGACUGGCUAUCAAAGCAAGUGACAAUGGAAGUGUGUCUUGUCGUGAAACAGCUGAAUCAAGCAGAAGAUAUCAUCAUUGCCAGGUCAGAGGUAUUCCUAAAAGAAAGAGAUAUUGGCAUAGCGCAACAAUCAACCAUCAUUUACGACAAUGAAAAGACAUGGCACAUCAACUCGGAGAAGCAAUUUGCUCAACUGCAAUUACAGAUAGGCCUCACCAAGGGCUGGGACACUAGUGAGGAUGAUAUCCACAUUCAAAAAACGGAUUAUGUCUCCAGUGCGCAAGACGAUACUUUUGACGACGAGAAUGAAGUGUUUUGA